CCUACUCUUAAUUUGAAAAUCAGCAUACUUGUUUCCGAUUUCGUCUUUGUUGCGAUUGAUGACGUAGUUUCAUUUAUGUAAGAGAACUACGGUUCUCUGUGUGACUCUCUCAUCAUGCAGCUGCAGGCUCAGCUGACGCUGUGUCAGAAAUGUCUUGGACGCUACAGGAGUGGACUGCGUCUCUUCUCUCAGAGCUUUGCACUCAGAGAGUCUAUGAAUUACUACAAUCUCCUGGGAGUGAACUCUAAUGCAAGCCUUGAUGAAAUUAAAAGAGCAUUUUUUGACAAAUCCAAAAAGUUGCACCCUGACAGUGAUCCAUCCAAUCCUAAGCUCCACGGUCAUUUUGUAGAGCUAAACAAGGCGUACCAAGUGCUGAGCAAAGAGCAAAGCAGGAAGGAGUAUGACUUGAGAAUCAGACACACAAAUCCUGGAGAAUUUACACCAAACUCCAACCACAACAUCUACAGACACAGCUCCAAUAUGGCCAAUCAGAACAACAGUCAUUACUGGGAGCAGUUUCGUCACUCUGGCACCGUCUCACCACAGGAGAUGAAGAGGAAAAACUUAAGGCUUGUGGGCUACUGUCUGCUAGCUAUGUUGCUCAGCAUAGGAGUCCACAUGGCCUUGUUCAGAAAACUGGAGGAAAUGCAUAGAACCUACAUGGAUGAGAAAGACCGAGUCAUUACUCAGCUUUACAACGAAAGCAAAGAGAGGGCAAGGGUCAACGGUUACAAGAAGCAGAUUGAAAUUCUCCAGCAGAAACACGAAGAGUUCCAGGCGAAAUACAACAACCUGAACAAAGGAGACGCCAAAUAAGAGAUUCCUGCUCUGCUGCGUGAACGAUUGAGUUUGGGAAAUGUGCUUCUAGUUUUAGGAUUUUUUAAUUGUUUUGGACACUUUACACUAGUUGAAGCACAAUGACCUGAGACACAGGAGCCAGAUAGUGCCAUCUCAAUUUCUAAGGUGGCUCCCUUGUCAUUUUUAGCCACUUUGCAUCAGUCGUGCUCAUAAGGGUUCCCUCAGGUUUUUGAAAGGAGCCUUGAGGAGCACAGUAAAACCAAACGGAGUUCCUGUGCUGAACAACACGUAGAGCUCUUCAAGGACAGUAAAUUAUUGGUACUUGAUGUUUAUUCCUCGUGGAGACUGAUAUUAAUUAAAAUCAUGUCUUGGUUUGCACGCAACAGGACCCAGCUAGAUGUUCUCUCAGACCUUCUUAAACAGUUGCAGACAUAAACACAGAAAAUAAUAUUAAUAUCCCAUUUCUUCCCAUUUUGUGUGGCAGAAACACAUUUCUGAACAGUUUUUUAUUCACAGUCUUUGAUCCUGCACCCUGGUCCAUCAACAAACAAAUAAAAGUAUAAGAGUGUAAGUCAUGGAUGAUCCAACACAUGUACUGAGUACUGAGUUUAUUUACAAAGUUGUGACACUGGGACUGGAGCAAAGUAAAACCAUAUUCCUAUGUUAUUGUUUGCCUAAAUUAAAUGUUUUUUUUUCUUUCAUCGA